GGACGAGCGUCUAUGUCAGUGCCUCGUCACGUGGGUGUCGCACAGAGACCAUCUGGGCAACUCCCUAUCAUGAACCUGAGCAGCAUCACCAAGCCUAUGAGGGCUGCGGAGACAAAAAGCAGCCUGAGUGAUUGUCUAGGCGAAUAAAAUGACGACAUCUGGAAAUAGGAAGAGAUGGGCAGGAGAAGACACAAAUGAUUGGUAGUAGGAGAAAAGAUGUCCAGGUCGCUUCGACUCCUUUGAGGUACGUUACCAUGGUACUCAAUGUUAGUCGAGAACUCUGGUUGCAGUCCAAAAUGCCAUCGACCGAGACACAUAUAUAUAGGGCGCACUUCGUUACUCACCUCUUGUCUGACUACUACCUUCUAUUCCUAUUAUUGUUAUUAUUAAUACUAAUUUUCAAUCGCAAGAUCUGAGCGCAACUUGGUAUGAGCGCAGAACUGAUUCGUCAGGCUGACAAGCGGAAACUAUCCCCAGAGCAGCGUGUAGAUAUUGCCCGUACAUCGCGAGUCAGAGAUGAGUGCGAGGAUGAGCAAAGAAUCAUGGCUAAGAGAAGAGUCGUGGAAGGAAGGCAUAUCGAAAGUGAGUUUCCUAGGCAAGACGACUGCACGGUUUGCUCAUGGGCAAAAUAUCAAGCGUCGAACUGGAUUACUUUCUCCCAUCACGAACCACGACGCGAUACCUUGUCCGAAAGCUUACCACCAGCUAUGGUUAUUCCAACAGGACCGAAAGCUUCCCAUCGUGCCCCCUUCCGUUCGUCUUCUCCUAUCAACGUCCACGCUCUCUUAACGCCGCAUAACCGUGGUCUUUCCAACCACGAGGUCCGAGAGCUCACUGUGCUACAGACCCGAGUCGACAAUGCUAUAGCCGGCAUUGGGCCAUCGCUCCGAAUUCUACUCAAUAUACCCAAGUCCAUACAGUUGAACAUACAACAAAAGCAAAGGGUUUAUGAUGCCCAAAAGGUCCUCGAUAUGGCUGUUCUCGAAAGUAAAUUGCAGGGUCAGGGAGGAAGUGAAAGCGUUGUCAAAAAGACUCCUUCAACAUCUACGUCUCAGUAUGGUGGUCGAACGUGGUAUGAUAGCGAUGGCUGGACAAUUCUCACCCUGCCACCGCUAGAUCUUGCCGAAUCGAUAGAGGGGUCUCUCAUAGCGAGAUCUAUGUGGGUGGAGACUAACAGUCUGUUGGCACAGUUGAAGAGGGUACGGGUGAAGAUCUCCUUUAGUGCCGCGGAUCGCGAGACUCUGCGGAUUGAUACAUGAUCAUGGAAAGGGGAGGAUGCGAUGGGCGAACAUGCUCUAGGUUUGAGUAGGUCUGUGGCUCAAGACAGGGAAGAGGUCCACGUUACUGAAGAGGAGGAUCACGCGGCUUUACAGACUUUGAGUAUAUAGUUUGGGUACCAUCCCAAGUCGAAUCAAUCAGCGUUUUACCCGAAUUUCUUUCCCCUUUGAUAUGUGCACACCCACAUGGGUAACAUUCAAGGAUGCUACGUAAAGGGAAAGCUGAACGAGUGUAAAUA